GAGAGAGGAAAAACGGCUCUCAGCAAAGCAACAAGAAGGAAGAGCAAUGGCGACACUGGAUCGCCAAAUACCAAGUCCGGAUACCUUCCUUUGCAAGCCAUGGUCUUCCUUCGUCAGUGCGGCUAAAUUACGUUUUGUUGACAACGCGGUCUCGUCCUUGGAUAACAGUGACAAAGAGCUUUACUGCCCCGGUGAAGCUGUGAAGCUUGGCAAAGAAGAGAUGCUUGUCUAUAGCCCUUUCCCAGCAUUGGAGGAUUUUUGUCUUGUUGUCUGCCAUGUCUGCAGUAAGGUGGUCACUCCUCAGGGCAUCCUCACACACUAUGAGAAGCGGCACAGCUCCCCAGUCCCCUCCCGGAGCCCCUUGGUUCCCAUGAAGCCCAAAGCACCUGCUGUGGCCCCCACUGUGGCUCCCAGCCCUGGGGACACGCUAGCAUUCAGGGUCCCUAAAGAUUACCCUCACUCCCGCUUCAGUAAGGCACCACUUGCUGUUUACCCUCCUAAAGGGGCACGGAACAAGACAUGUGUAUCACUUCCAGUCGUUAGCUUGGAGAAGAUGCCCUGCCUCGGCCGAGCCGACUCUGCAUCACAUAUGCGCCUCACCCCGUCCUCCUCCUCCUCUUCUUCCCCUUCUCCCCUAAAAUCUUCCUCCCUCACACCCGCAGCAUCACAACGUUCGAGUGAAAAGCUCACCAAUGGUCGCGGCAGCAGCGGGCCGUCUACACCGCGCUCCAUCACCCCUCCAUCUUCUUUGGAUAGGCGGCCCAGUCCGGCGCGCUCCCCUCUGGACAGGCGGGCGUCAUCGACACAGUCUCCCUCCCCUCUUGAUCGGAAGUCGUCCCUGUCAUCCUCACCCGCUCACCGAUCUGUUGUUCUGCCAUCAUUUCCUUCGCUGUCGCAGAUGGAGAAGAAGCAACAGAACGGGACUAAGACUUCCUCCAGGUCACACACGAGACUCUCAGGGAGAGUGUUUGAUCCUAACAAGCACUGUGGAGUGCAGGACCCCGAGACGAAACGGCCAUGCACACGGUCUCUCACCUGCAAGACUCACUCCUUAACACACCGCCGAGCCGUCCCCGGCAGAAGGAAACAUUUCGACAUCCUGCUAGCAGAACACAAGGGACAGGCAAAGGAGAGGGAGGCUUUGAAAGAGAAGGAGAAAGACAAAGAUGGAGCACAUGGAGGGAAAGAAGCCUGCAGCCAGAGUAUGGCGUCUCAGGAGUCGAUAUCUCCCAGCAAGCCGCACUGCCCCAAUGGACGACCCCUCUCCACAAUGAAGCUGCGGCUGGCAAAUGCACACAAACCAAGGAUCCCAGGGGGCUCCUCUUCCACGCUGACUUCCAGUCCUCUACUCCCAGCAGCACCUUCUGCCCAAGCCACCAACCUUGAACAGUCUCCACACAGCUGGACGAUAGCAGCUGGAGACGGCGGUCGAUUAUCCAGUGAUGAGGGGGACACAGAGACUCCAAACGACACAGACAGACCUGCUUUUCACUACUCCCAUCAUCACCCACAACCUUUAGGGUUUUGUGUAUUCAGCAGCAGGCUCAUGGGACGGGGCUACUAUGUAUUCGACAGAAGAUGGGACAGAAUGAGGCUGGCACUACAGAGCAUGGUGGAGAAACACCUCAACGCACAGAUGUGGAGGAAGGUGCCUCUAGCUGCUGAGAGCCUCCCCUCCCUAUCCCCAUCUGGUACCUGUGUUUCUUCACAGCCAGCUCCUUCUCCCAACUCCAUUGCCUCCCCUCUCCUCACCUCCCCCUCCAACACCCUCUGCUACACUGCCACGUUUCCACAAUCUGCGUCUACUGCCGGGUUGUUUAGCGUCAGAGACUCUCCACAAGCCCAGGUUUUCAAGCUUGGAAAAGCCCGUAAUGGCACGCACAAGGCCAGUCGACCAUCCAAAGACACGGAGGACCCUCUUGUGGCACCCAAGAAGAGAAAAAACUCUUCCCACACUUCUUCCUCCCUCUCAUCUUCUUCCUUGUUUCCGACUGUGGAGAACCACAAGAAGAACGGCAGCAGCUUUCAUCCGACAUUACAAGGCUCGGGGGCGAUUGGUGCCUCCCCAGCCAGAAAAAAGGGACUUGGUCGUGGGGAUAAUGGGCUUUUGAGCAGUGCAGAUGACUGGCUAUCCAGAGCUGAUGGGUCUCAAAGCUACAACUCACAGAACAGUCGAGAACUUGCCACCAGCAGUAUACCUUAUUCUCCCAGGGAGCCAGCCCCACAUCAGCCUAUGGCUCCCCCCUCAGGACCAUUAGCUUAUGGGGGAGGAGCAGAGGGGAGGAAGAGGAGGAGUCCCAGCUCCUACAAAGGGAAGGCCAGCAAGCUGAGCAGGCCGGGAGGGUUAGAGAGCCUCUUUGGGAAAGCAAACGACAGCGGGGGGAUAUUGGCUUCAGCGCCUGAAUCUCCGAGACAGGCCAAGUUGCAUCACUGACAGAAACCUGUUCCAUGGACAGAAUGUUGGGCAGCUGCACAGGCCACCACCGUUUGUGACCUUUGACCUCACCACUCUUCCAGUGACAGCAGCAAUCAGACUGCCUCAUCUCGCCGAUGUCACCACUAUUUAUCCAAUGACAGUUCAGCUCACCCACUGUGACAUUGGGGCUGUGAAGUCCUCGCCCACAGUUGGCUGGCAGUUACUUCCACUCCCUGCCCCUCAUUAUGGAUCCUUUUGUUGGAAAGCUGCUCUGCUUCACUGUGCUUGUGGUCUAUACAGAACAAGAUUAAAAUAAAAAAAAAACCCAAAAACUGUUCUCUGUAAAGGGAGUUUGCCUCAAGUGUACCAGGCAUUGUUGACAGCACCACUACUUAAGUUUUGUUUCCAGUGUGCUGGCAAGGAAAGCUGUCUGAUUGUUUUCGAGAGAUUGAUGGUUAAAGGACCUACUGACACAACUACUGUAGGACUUCAGCUAUGCUCUCCUCAUUUAGUGUUUUUCACUGAGUCAAAGAGGGAAGAAAUAACAGCGGGUUCGGCUGGGUUUUAUCCAGCUUUCUCCCCUCUUUUAGCCGCCUCCUUUGUUUCUUUGUGUACCAACCAGCUUCGUUCAUUUCUCUUUUUACCGGCUCCCCCGUACACCCGGUCCAUCCCAGCAUGCCUGUGUUCGAAGUGCACUUACUGUCCUCAGUACCCCUUUUGCCUCCUUCUUUGCGGACUCCACGGCCGUCUGCAGUGGUGCCACACAAAAGACCUGUUCAUGAGAGGGAAGGGAAUAAAACAUAACAGCAUUUGUGUUACCAACGAUGCCAUGUCAAUGCAUUGUAUUUCAUUAUAGGAUGAAGUCUGACUUUAUUGAAAUUGUUCUGUGUUUUUCUUUUUCUGGUUUAGAUAUCGGGAGGAAUGCAAACUCCCUGACUAGAAUCCAAAAUGGAAUUAUUACAAUGGUGUUGGAUUGCUUUUUUUUUUUUUUUUUUUUUUUUUGUAUAAUAAUUUAUCAUUCUUAAAUAAUGUUUGUCUAAAUGACCAUUAAGGUUUGAGUUGAAGACAUUUUCAGCAAAAACAGAAAAGAUUCAAUGGCAUUUUGAAGGUAUGUUGAAAGUAUUAUUAGUUCAUAUCUGUACAUAUCUGUUAUUAUUUUUGUAUUUAUUAAUAGUUGCCCCCUUUUACUUAAUAUGAUGUAAAAGAGGGGAGUAUAUUUUCCCUCCAACCUGGAUCUGUGAUUUACAAUAAGAAUGAGAAUGGCCUAGUUUCUCAAAACAUUCAAGUAUUUGUUCAGUAGCAAAUAAAGCCCAUUAUUAAUACACACACACACACACAUACACAGCCAAAUAGAAACUUUUUGGCAGUUGCUACUGUUCAUGUUAUUUUCAUUUAGUUGUAUAUCCAGCCAACGAGUGCUUGAUUUAUGAACCAAUGUUUAGUUCUGUUUCAAAAUGUAAUCGUAGCUGUGAAAAUGAAGUCAUCUGUCUAAAUGUACGUGGCUUUUUCUCAAGCUGCAACAUAUUUUUGUCCAAAUUUCAUACCUUAUACUACAUGUAUGCACACAGUCAUUUUAGUCAUCUGAUCCCAUGGUCUCAAAGGUUUCACGUUGACUUCUUUGUCAGGUCCUUAUCAGGUUCAGACCUCCCCCUCAAUUCUGUCUUUUGUAGAGAUAAUGGGUCAGGGAGUCACCAGUGUGUCUUCUAAACACUGCUAACAUUAGCUAAAUAACAAAGGUGGAUUAUUUUAUUUUUAUUUUUUUUGUCAAACCAGGUCCUAUUUUUGUUUUUAACUCUCAUACUAAAGGGCCCAAAUUACCUGUUUACCUGUGGUUCCACCUUUUUUCAUGCUAUAGUUUUUAAAUGUCUUUAUCUUCCAAGACUGAUGGGUCUAGUCAGUGUGAUUAUCUGGGUUGUUGUGAUAUGACAAGUCAGAACUUUGUCAAAAUGCAUUCACUUACUUCAGCUAGGUACUAUUUCUUGUCUCUGGCGGCUCAGUUGUCCCCUGUGCUGAAACUGCGACAUAGCCAUUCCUCUAAGUCCCCGCUGUCUUUUAAAUAUGUAUAAGAUGGAAACAAAAGUGUAAGAGCUGAUUGAACAGACAAUACUUUUAAGUUAAAAAGGAAAAUCAAUAAUUAAAGCCCCAGUCUUGUGCAUAUAUUUUCUCUAAUGACUCAUGACCACGUCGAGUGAUGCAGAAACAGAUAAAUUCAAUGAUGGAUAGCCUUUUAUAGGUUAAAAAAUGGCUUAUGGUAUGUACAUUUAAUGAUAUUUAUAUAGAUUUUCUUGGCAAGAAAUGCCAUAAUGUGUUGAAAAACACCAAAAAAAAAAGAAUUUAAAGCCCCUCAGUUUGUCUGAUCAGUGCCACACCCUCUCAUGUGGAGUCACUGAUAGUGGAAAAGUAACUGAAAGCAUUUUGAUUUGCCUUUUAACAGAGCAACGCUCCCACGAGGUACAACAACUUCAGUGACGACUAACUGUAUGUAAGCACUUAAUGAUGAAGGAAUUGUACAUAAUCCAUUGUAUUUGUGUUAUUUUCUUUUCUUUUUUACCAAAAUACUGAGAAGUGCUUCCUGUGAUGAUACUUUAUCGAUCAGUGUGUAAGAACAGUUUAGAUCAGUUUAAUACCUGCCGAGUUGACUUUACCUGCAGGUACGUGGUGUAUCUGGGUACUUGCUGUGUACAGUUUACUGUCCAACAUGACAGCAAGAUUUUUGCAGCGUGUGCAGCGUCUGCAAAUUUAUUAUAAGAUAAGAACAGAUACGCUAGUAUAGUAUUAGUUUAUUGGUUAAAAGCCACAGCUACUUUCUCAAACAUGAUGGUGUCUUUAGGAAAAGGCCUCUUGACUUCCACGUUCGAGUUGCAGAAAUAGGAGGUUACUUAUUUGCAGCUAAAAUUUAAUACAAAGCUCAUUGUUGCUGUUGCAUUUUAAAGAAUUUAACUUCUUUCAAACCCUCCUGUUCCUUUUUUUUUCUUGUUUAGUUCUUGCACUUUUUUCAUAUUGCCCCAAUCAUUAAUCAGCAUUUAUUUAUAUGAAUAUUUGAGAUGUUAAAAGAUACCUUUAUAUUUGUAAAAGUGUUUCUGGGAGCUAAAGUUAAACAAGUUGAAAAGUAUUUUCCUGGUUAGUCAGGCCCCCAAAUCAGCACACUGUUGUCGUUAUCUGAUCCGAUCUGUGAUGAAUGUUGACGUCUAGGGGAAAAAAAACUGCCUUGUGGGAUUUCAGUGGGUUGGAUUAAAUAAAAUGGAUUUCCAGUCAAAGAUGACAUAACAUGGUGUAUUUAAAAAAAAAUAAAAAUUAAGGGUCUUAUAUUCAAGUUUUAUUAAAUGACUUAAAGUGGAUCUGUGUUGUUUGUAAAUUAAAGAAGCAGCUUUUAAAUUGUGAGGAGCAUCCUCCACUGCUGAUGAAUGUUUUUUGUAUAUUACACUUGUCAUCAUUACAAGUACCUGUUGAAUGUUUUCUGUUCAAGCAGUUUAUGACCAUUUGUGCUUGGUGUGAUCAUUUUAUACUGCUGGAGAAAGAAGCAAACUCUCCUCUGUAACUUGAGUUAUAUUUUAUAAAGUAUAGAAGUUUUGUUCAAAUUUGACCAGAUGUGUAUGUAAUGAGCAUUUUUCAGUCAAAAUAUAACACUGAAAUAA